AUGUCUACCCGAUCUUCGCGUGCUAACGGUUCUCGCGCAGACCUCGUAACCACAGGAGCCCAAGACCGCGAUAAACCGCCCAAUAGCAACAAUGCUAACUCUACCCUGACAGCGACAACCAAGGUGGCGUCCGAUGCUCUAGCUGUCAUGGCUUCGGCAAAUAACAAUCUCUCACGCUUUAGCCGUACAGUAACUACGACGGCGUCAACGCUGGUGGCAUCUCAGUAUUCGUCUGAUCUAUCUGGCACGUAUUACCAUGAAACAAUGCGAGAUUUAGCGCGCAAGCCCGCCUUUCAAAAGCGCUUCUUUUCCUUUUCCCGAAAGGCCCCAUCAGAGGUCAUGCGAAGUACUCUUUCUUCAAAAGAUGAUAUUAGAUUUAAUGCGCUCACAGCAAUUCCAGAUGAGCUCUUUUCACAAAUCCCAAUGGGUGCAAGCAGUCAGUUUUCUCUUUUUCAAGGGUUUCAGGCCACUACAGCAACGCUCCCUGAAAUCUCUGGCUCCGAAAAGGCCAUCACUGAUGGAUCUUCGGAUUCAUCACUAACAUCACGCUCUGCCCUUGUGAAGCAGCGUGAUAAUAUCUACAACACGCUGGAUCUCCUUGAAAUCAGAAAGGAUUUAGCAGCCAAUGAAAUCAACGAAAUUGACAAAAAAAUUGCGUAUCUUCAAGAAAACAGACGACUGGUAUUUGAGCGCAUCGCAUCACUUGAACAAGAAGAGUUUCAGCUGGAGAAUAAGGUCCGGCACCUUAGCAAGCAGAUUGAUGAAAUGCCUGAAGAAGAGGAGGAAGAAGAGGUCAAGCCUACCCCAGAACCUCCCAAAAAUGUGAAAAACGCCAAAAAAACAAAGAAAAUAGAAAAGGAGGACAGUGAUGACUCGCCUCUUUUAUCCCAGAGCAUCUUUGGCAAGCUACAAAAGCACAGUCAAUCUGAAAGUGAACCAGCAACUACCGAAAAGCCUCCGAAGACCCACAGGGCGUCUACUUCACGUAAGACACAUCCUACUCUUCAGCAAUACUACAAAACAGGAGACUCGAUCCGACUGAUCCCAGCACAUGAAGACUUUGUGACGUCGCUAGACUUUGAUAUUCCCUUUGGCACAAUGGUGUCAGCUUCCGUGGAUGAUUCUUGCAAAGUGUGGGAUCUUGGUCGUGGCGUGUGCAAAGGUCAGCUGCGCGGACACAAUGCAUAUGUGACAUGCCUUCAUAUGGAUGGCGAUAUGGCUGUUACUGGAUCCAUGGAUGCAUCUGUGCGGUUGUGGAACCUGAGCGGGUUUGAGGUUGACGAGGAGGAGCCUGAAGAUGCGUGCUUACAGGUAUUUGAGGCGCACCUCGGUGAGAUUACUGCUCUUCAUUCAUAUCAAGAUACACUGGUGACUGGAUCCGCCGAUAAAACGAUCCGCCAGUGGGAUCUGCGCAGUGGCAGAUGCCUGCAAACCCUUGAUGUUCUGUGGGCUGCUGCACAAUCUUCUACUCCCUUUGCAGAGUCUGGUAACUGGCGCUCGUUCCAAGGAAUUAACAACACCGGCAAGGAUAGCUCGUCACCGGCGCCGUUUGUAGGUGCGUUACAAGUGUUUGACGCUGCUUUGGCAAGCGGAACUGCAGAUGGAGCUGUUCGCCUGUGGGAUCUCCGCAGUGGCCAAGUACAGAGGUCACUGGUUGGCCACACAGGCCCCGUGACUUGUCUUCAGUUUGAUGACGUUUAUCUGACGACAGGUAGCUGGGACCGAAGCAUUCGAGUGUGGGACUUGCGAACAGGCUCUAUUGUAGAUGCAUUUGCAUAUGAAAACCCCAUCACAGCACUGCAUUUUGAUGCACGCAAGAUUGUUUCUGCAAACCGUGAAAAUACCGUCAAAAUUUACGACCGGGAAACGUCGCAGCACUGGACCUGUGGACCUGGUGUCAAGGACGAAGAAUCUCUAGUGUCGAUCCACCUGGCCACUUUUAAAGAGGGGUACCUAGUAGAAGGCCGGACCAAUGGUUCUAUUGGUGUUUGGGCGUGUUGA